AUGAAUAGAGUGGCCUUUGUUGCAAUAGCCUCAAUUUUAACCUAGCGAAAAGUCUAAUUAUAAAGUACUGGAGAUUCAAGGCACAUCCAUUAUAAAUUGAAGAGUAGAGAGGAACAUUUAGCUGACGCACUAUUAAAUGAAUACGACGUCAUUAUUGUUGGGGGAGGAGCUACUGGGGCAGGUGUUUCCCUUGCUUGUGCUAACAGAGGAUUGAAAUCAAUAGUUUUGGAGUCGCAAGAUUAUGCAAGUGGUGCAUCAAGCAAAUCGACAAAAUUAGUUCAUGGAGGUGUAAGGUACAUGUAACAAGUAUUCCAAUUGUCGGAAAAAAACAGAUUGGAAAAGUUGUAACUGGUUGCAGAGGCAUUAAGAGAGAGAUCCAACUUUUUAUCAAUGUGUUCUUAUUUAACAUAAGAUUUCCCUACUUUGAUACCUUGUACAAAUUUAUUUGAUUUGGGUUACUAUUAUUUUGGGUCUUUAAUUUAUCAUUGUGUUUACUUAUACUACUAAACAGGAGGACAUACUUUUAAGCCUCCGAGAAUAGUUGGCAAAGAAGAAAUUUAAUAACAUUUUAAAUUUGCAAAAUGUAAUUAUGGGGUCAUUUAUUAUGAUGGGUAAUUCAAUGAUGCCAGAAUGGUUUAAGAAUUACUAGUUACAUCAAGUCUAAAAGGGUAGAACAUGGCAAAUUAUGUUGAAGUUAAAGGUUUAUUAAAAAAUGAAUAAAAUAAAAUCACAGGAGUUCAAGCAUUUGACAAGAUUGGAUAGAAACAAUUUCAAAUCAAAGGCAAAUGUGUUGUUAAUGCAACUGGUGGUUGGGCUGAUAAUUUACGUUUAAUGGAUGAUCCAACUGUUAGCAAGAGGAUAGUCUCAGUAGCAGGUAGUCACUUAACCAUGCCCCAAAAAUAUGGAUCUCAUUAGUGGGGAUAUUUGAUACCAAAAACUAAUGAUGGCAGAGUUCUCUAUCUGCUACCAUGGUUAGGAAAUAUAAUAAUGGGAACAACUGAACGAAAAUUAGAUAAUGCAAUUAGUGAUCCUACAGUAAGCAAAGAGGAAUAUAGAUGGUUAUUGUAAUCAUUUUGUGAUGAAUUUGCAAUUGAUGCAAGUGAAGUAGCUAAAGAUGUAAAAUCCAAAUGGUGUGGAGUGAGACCUUUAGUUUAUUAAAGCAAUGCUCUCAGUACAAAAGAAGUUUCACGAACUCAUGAAAUAGAAGUAUCAAAAAGUGGUUUAGUAUCAGUUAUGGGUGGUAAAUGGACUAUCUUUAGAUUGAUGGGUGAAUAAGCAGUAGAUAAGGUUCAAGGAUUAAUUGGAAACAAUUAAAAAAGGUUAGAGAAUCUACCCAAAUUGGUUGGUGAUUGGACAUAAUUUGAUAAUAAGAAGGAAAUCUAAGAUAUGAUGAAAAUGUUCAAUUUACCUUAAACUUAUGCAGCCUAUUUCUUAACAACGUAUGGGGACAGAGCAUAUGAUGUUUUAAAGUUGGUUCAUGAAAAACCAGAGAAUAAGGAAAGUUUGCACCCACAAUUUCCCCAUACUGUUGGAGAAAUAUUGUACCAGAUUAGAUAUGAGCAAGCUAGAAAACCUGAGGACAUUUUGUUUAGGAGAACAAGAUUGGGUUUCUUAGAUUAGAAUGCUAUCUUUAAUGUGUAUGAGAAAGUGUUCUAGAUCAUGGCUAAAGAAUUGAAGUGGCCUGAAAAAUUUUAAAAGGAAUUUUUAAAGGAAAAUUUCGAGUAUAUCAGAAAAUUAGAGUUUUGA